AUGUGGCCAUAUCCUCCCCGGCCAACACUUUAUACUUGUCUCAGAUCAUUUCCUCAUCUUCUCUUCACCCUCUAUUUCUUUCUGUCGUCAAUAAAUAUCUUCAUCAUCCAUUGUGCAUCCUUUCCUCAUCCGCCACCCAAUCACGCUCCUCUCCAAACCUCUUCCUCCACAUCAUCCAAUGUACAAACUCUUGAUUUACUCGUUUCGGACCGCAACUCGAUACAACAAACUCUCAAAACUUCCCGAGUCAUUGGAGUGAGUGAAUAUGUCUUCUUCUACGUGUGGCGUGACAAGUUCAUGCAACGAUUUAAAAACAUCAUGGUCAAACAACCAGAAACUUUGCAUGAAUUAUUCGACAAAAUUUCACAAACCCAUGACACGACAACAUUGCCUUCGGUCUUGUCCAUUUCCUCAGACUCGACCUAUUUUAGUAUUUUCAAUGAAAGAUUUAUGAAAACAAUGUUCCCUGGAAAUUACAGCAUUCGAACGAGUGCAAUUUCUUCGACCAUUGAUUGCUUGACUGGAAACACAAUGGUCGAUGUGGAUGCAUUUAUUCAGAGCUCCUCUCCAGCGUUUUUCGUGAGAUUUAAAAACAAUCGACACGUGUUAGAAAGUACUGGGCAAUGGACGAGUUUGCAAGAUUUAUGGAUGUAUCCCCUCAUGCCGAGAACUCUAUUGGUUUUACCUAAAUUGGGAACGAUGGAAAAUGGAACAGAAAUAAUUUAUUAUUUGAAAAGUCUUAUUCAGAAUCAAACACAAUAUUUAACAACGAAUCAACAGUGUGGAACUGAGACGAUUGUGAAUCGAGACUCGGCUUGGAUUCAUUAUGGAUUUUCCUUUUUAAAUUUCACAUCCAAUGAUCUGCAAGUGGUUGGAAAAGUAUGGAACGUCACUGUUGAAUACGAUCAACAAUAUCUUUCACAAUUGUUUACAAGUCAAGAUUUGGGUGUGACGUUCAAUCAAACGUUGGAAAGCGUUUCUUCGAUGGUUUCUCGUUCGAAUUGCAACUAUUGUCCAUAUUCGAUUUGUUUUACACUCGACGGACAAGACUAUGCCAGUUAUAUUUCCAUUGGAAUUGCAAUGAUCUAUUACAUUAUAUUCUUCUCUACUGGAAUGUUUAAGAAUUAUGCCAUGCAACGUCGAUUGAUAUUACCGUAUUUACCCAUUUUUGGAAUGCUUCGAAAUUGGAGUAAUACGACUCUUAGUGAACAUGUUUGCUUUUCCGUAUUCAGAAUUUUGGCAUUAUUUUCAGUCUUGGUCAUUUUAGCUGUCUAUUUUGUCACUACCAUUCGUUUCUUCUAUUUGAGAAAUUUAUACACCAUCAUGUCAAAAACAAAAUUUGACUCGAGUCCAUGGACCAUCAAAAUUCACAAAAUGUUGAGUUCAGCUCUGGGUGGAAUUAUCUUUUCGGUAUUGGCUGCCAUUGCCUUCAACAUUGUGGUUCUCAUUCCCAUUUCAACACCUCUUGUAGUGAUGCGAAUGUAUGCUGGCAUUAAUUAUACGGGUGUGGCUGUGGUUAUUCUUGCAGUCGUGUUGAGUACAGGAACAUUCAUUGUCGAUGCCAUUUUGAAUCGAUCGAAUAUUAAGAGAUUUGGCAUUUGGAAGUUUUUACUUUUCGAUGAUCCAUUCUAUUUGAGAAUUGAUCUCAUUUGUACUGUAUUAAUUUUGUUAUUUUUGAUAAUUUAUAUUGUGACAUUGGCAGUGGUGGGUGUGGUCUAUGCCGUCAUGGAUGUGCUCAUUUCCAUAUGCAUUAUUCAAGUGUGUGGUGGGAAUGUCAUGAUUUUCGAAUUGGGAAAACGAAUCAUUUUCUCAAAGAGACAUGUCGAAAAUGGAGAAUUGGAAAAACUUCUGAGACACAAUAAGGAAUUUCAUGCACUCAUUUCAGAAUAUUCUGCUAAAGAAUUUUCCUAUGAAAAUAUUGCCUUUUUCGAAUUCUUAUACGAUUACAAAGCAGGACGUAAAAGUAUGGAUUUGAAUACCUUGAAACAAAUGGAGGAACAAUUUGUGUCACCCUACUCGAAAUUUGAAGUGAAUUUACCCUCUCAAGUGAAAAAAGAUUUGGGUGAUUUGAUUCGUCAACUCAAUAAUCAUGAACUGCAUGAAAAGGAAGAGAAAGAAAAGAAGGAAAAAGUCAUUUUGGGUCUUUUUGUGGAGCUUGUCAAAAACCUUUCGGAUACUUAUCAAAGAAUGCAACAAACCAAACAAUAUUUGAAUUGGAGAGCAGUGUAUACAGUGCAACAAGAAGCUCACGUUGUAGCCCCUGUGGAUUAG